GUGGUUAAUGAUACAAUUGCAGAUAUGUUAACACGUAUUCGUAAUGCAAAUUUAGCAAAACAUCAAAUUGUUCAAGUUCCUGCAACUAAAAUGACACGAAAUAUUAUAAAAGUUUUGCAAGAAGAAGGAUUUGUAUAUGAGUUUGAAGAAAUUGGAGAUCAAUUAAGAAAUUAUUUACUGAUAUCUUUAAAAUACAAAGGAGAUAAAAAGCUACCUGUAAUUACAGCUCUAAAAAGAGUAAGUAAGCCUGGGUUAAGAGUAUAUGCUAACUAUAAAGAAUUGCCUAAAGUUUUAGGAGGAAUUGGAAUAGCGAUUAUUUCAACUUCAAAAGGUGUAAUGACGGAUCGUCAAGCCAGGUAUAAUGGAUUGGGCGGAGAAGUUUUAUGUUAUAUAUGGUAA